GCAGUGGUCGCAGGGUGGCGCUGAGUGUCGGCGGUGUUCAGCAGGAGCGCAGAGCAGGAGUCCGGACGUUUCUACAGCCCGUGCUGUGUGUUUGAGUGCGUGUCGUGUCUGCCACUGAUACUAAAUCUACACCAUGUCUUUGGAGAUCGAGUCAGCAGACGUAAUCCGUCUGAUCAUGCAGUACUUAAAGGAAAAUAACCUGCAUCGCACACUGGCAACACUGCAGGAGGAGACCACCGUAUCCCUCAACACAGUGGACAGUAUUGAAAGUUUUGUGGCUGACAUUAACAGCGGUCACUGGGACACUGUACUACAGGCUAUCCAGUCCCUCAAGCUGCCAGACAAGACCCUGAUUGAUCUGUAUGAACAGGUUGUGCUGGAGCUGAUUGAGCUGAGAGAAUUGGGAGCUGCCAGGUCUUUGCUGAGACAAACUGACCCCAUGAUUAUGCUGAAACAGACUCAGCCUGAGAGGUACAUUCACCUGGAGAACCUGCUGGCCCGCUCCUACUUCGACCCCAGAGAGGCUUACCCUGAUGGCAGCAGUAAGGAAAAGCGCCGAGCAGCCAUUGCCCAGGCGUUGGCUGGCGAGGUCAGUGUGGUGCCUCCUUCACGUCUCAUGGCUCUGCUUGGACAGUCUCUGAAGUGGCAGCAGCACCAGGGUCUUCUGCCUCCUGGUAUGACUAUCGACUUGUUCAGAGGCAAAGCUGCAGUGAAGGAUGUAGAGGAAGAGCGAUUCCCCACCCAGCUGAGCAGACACAUCAAGUUUGGUCAGAAGUCUCACGUGGAGUGCUCCCGCUUCUCUCCGGAUGGUCAGUAUUUGGUCACUGGCUCUGUUGAUGGCUUCAUUGAGGUGUGGAACUUCACCACAGGCAAGAUCAGAAAGGAUCUGAAGUACCAGGCGCAGGAUAAUUUUAUGAUGAUGGACGACGCUGUGCUGUGCAUGUGUUUUAGCAGAGAUACAGAGAUGCUGGCUACAGGAGCUCAGGAUGGCAAAAUAAAGGUGUGGAAGAUCCAGAGUGGUCAGUGUCUGCGCCGGUUUGAGCGUGCUCACAGUAAAGGUGUGACCUGUGUGAGCUUCUCCAAAGACAGCAGUCAACUUCUUUCAGCCUCGUUUGACCAAACAAUCAGAGUUCAUGGGCUAAAAUCAGGCAAGUCUCUGAAGGAGUUCCGAGGCCACUCUUCAUUCGUUAAUGAAGCCACAUUCACUCCUGAUGGCCACCAUAUUAUCAGUGCUUCUUCUGAUGGCACGGUGAAGAUUUGGAACGUGAAAACCACAGAGUGCACAAGCACAUUUAAAUCUCUCGGCGCCUCAGCUGGCACGGACAUUACUGUGAACAACGUCAUCCUCCUUCCCAAGAACCCAGAGCAUUUUGUAGUCUGUAACCGCUCCAACACUGUGGUCAUUAUGAACAUGCAGGGCCAGAUUGUGAGGAGUUUCAGCUCUGGUAAGCGAGAGGGGGGAGAUUUCGUAUGCUGCACACUUUCCCCCAGAGGAGAGUGGAUCUACUGCGUGGGAGAGGACUUCGUGCUCUACUGCUUCAGCACAGUCACUGGCAAACUGGAGAGAACCCUGACAGUACACGAGAAGGAUGUGAUUGGUAUUGCCCACCACCCUCAUCAGAACUUGAUCUCUACAUAUAGUGAAGAUGGUCUUCUCAAGCUUUGGAAACCUUAAAACAUUAGCCAUGACCAGAAUAUUCCUAGGAUAACUUUGCAAGUUUUUUUGUACAUAUUUUUUUAUUUGAGUGACAGGUUGAGUUUUCUUUUUUUCAGUUUGAAAGCAAAAAAAAAAUAUCGGGACAGGUGGACCUUUCCUCUCCAAUGUUCUGUACCCUUGUCAUUGUGAUUGUUUAACAGCAAGUAAUUGUCAAUAUUUUCAAGUAUUUUACAUAAAAUGUUUUCUUUAACCUUUACAAUUAAAACAUUUUUGAUCACAAA